GCCACCUCACAAUCGCGCCGCCCCCCGCGGUGCGUCCCGGCACGCGCGGGCGCGAGGCCACCGCGCCCCCGGUCGCCCCUCCCCGCCCCUCAUUAAUAUGCAGACGCAGCCGAGGGCGCGCUCGCGCUCCCGGGAGGGCGUGAGCGAGCGGCGUGUCUCUUUGGGUCUCUCAGCUCCCGGGUAAAUGGACAGGCCGGUUGGGGUGGGGGUCGGCUGGCAAACAGUGGUCGGGAGCACUGGGCGGGCGCGCGCACGAGGGCAAGCACGCGCGGGAGGGAGGGACAGUUCCUGGGCAACGGCCCCUCCCUGGCGCGGGAUCCGCGCAGAGUCUGCCCGGGUCGCACGCGUCUCCGCCCCUCGCGGUGCCUCCUCCUUCCUGUCACCUCGGUUCCGCCCUGGGUGGGGAGAAGCCCUGCUGCACCACUCGGGCUUCCCAGAGCGGGGCUGGCCCGCGGGGGAAACUGAGGCCCGGGACCCCGACCGGCGCCUGCACUGUGCGAGCCCGCGUAGAAAUAGGCGCCCGAGGGGCCCCCAGCGCAACGCUGGAGCCCGGCCCAGCCCCGGGGGUCCUGUGGUGAACUGGCAUCUGGGCUCUGCAGGCUUGAAGUCCGCUGAGCGCCUCGACCCGCAACUCUAGACCCCAAGUCCCCGAUCUAGGGCCUCCUUGUCGCCCUAGAAAGCGCCCUCUAAGCUUGUUUCUGUUUUUAGGCGUUGGUAGGGGUGCUGUCACCGACAUCCUAUAGCCGCCGAGGGUGUUUCUGUAGGGUAAACAUGAAGCCUCG